GUUCAUCAGAAUUUCACAAAUCUUUAGACGCAAACGCUGGAUUAAAAAAAAAAUAAAAAUCUGGGAUUUUGGCUUUUUUCUUUUUCUUUUGGCCUCAGCUAUUUUUUCUGUAUAAAUUUGGAUUAAAACAAACUAUCAAAGAAAUAAUUCACAUGAACUCUUCUAACACAGCAAUUUAAAAUUCGCAAUAAUCUGUUUCUUAGACUAGUAAGAGUUUACAUAAGGACAAGGGACUUUACAUAUGCGCGAGGGUUUCUGGAAAGCGGCGCGUGCGACCUCUAAUCCACCUUUGAUGCUCUCAAGCUCCAAACUCUGCCUUAUUUUUUUUUUUAUGGCAAGACUGUAUAAUGCCAGUAUAGCAUGGCUGUCUCUACAACUAAUGCCAUCCCUGGACCGACAUGGCAUUUAGCCGCGUCUUUUCGGACCCUCCAUCCAAGAGCAUCUUUAGGACCUUCGCGGUCAUGUUGCUGUCUAUACUCGGGUCUGUAUACUUUCUCCACUGCCUCACGGAGCGAUGCGGGACCUGUAUACGCACAGAGAGAAGAGAAACGGGUCCGGUGGAGGGAUUUUACGCCUCGAAACUGAAAGAUUUUGAGUCGCUGAGGAGAAAGAGACUUCAGAAAUGGACCUCCACGAGACCUCUGGUGAUGAGGCACCACAGCUUAAUCCAGCGGCUCGAAAGGGUCAGUGAAGAGGAUCUAUCUGAGCUUGAGGCAAAUAAACACAUUUUUCAGUCAAACGUAAAUCUGUCGAACUCUUUGGAUGUAGAUUUGGAGCCGGGGGGCUCGUAUUUUGAUACAGGUAAACUGAGCGCGUUAGGUGAGGGCAGUAAGAAGCUGCCUCAGGCGAUCAUCAUCGGCGUGAAGAAAGGAGGAACGCGCGCGUUGCUGGAGUUUCUGCGCGUGCAUCCAGAUAUCCGCGCUGUUGGAGCGGAGCCGCACUUCUUCGACCGUAACUAUGACAACGGACUGGACUGGUACAGGGACCUGAUGCCUAAGACUCUGGAGGGCCAGAUCACCAUGGAGAAAACACCAAGCUACUUUGUGACCCACGAGGCUCCAGCCCGGAUCUACGCCACAUCCCGCGACACCAAGCUGAUUGUGGUGGUCCGGGACCCCGUCACAAGAGCCAUCUCUGACUACACUCAGACACUGUCCAAGAAGCCUGACAUUCCUACUUUUGAGAGCCUGACGUUCAAAAACAGGACUACAGAGUUGAUCGACACCUCGUGGAGCGCCAUUCAGAUCGGCAUCUACGCCAAACACCUGGACAACUGGCUGCAGUUCUUCCCCAUGAGCCAGAUCCUGUUCGUGAGCGGAGAGCGGCUGAUCAGUGACCCGGCUGGAGAGCUGGGCCGCGUGCAGGACUUCUUGGGGCUCAAGAGGAUCAUCACAGACAAACACUUCUACUUCAACCAGACCAAGGGCUUCCCUUGUCUGAAAAAGGCAGAGGGCAGCAGCAAGCCCCAUUGCCUGGGUAAAACCAAAGGGCGGACCCAUCCAAACAUUGACCCUGAGGUUGUGCAGAGACUUAGAGACUUCUACAAGCCUUUCAACAUGAAGUUCUACCAGAUGACAGGCAGGCAAUUUGGAUGGGAUGACUGAUAGCAGACAGUGAAAUAGACCAUGAAUUUGGAAACAAGGGAGAAACAACUAUACUGUGACCUCACCAGCAAAAAAAAAAAAAAAAAAAAACUAUAAUAACCCCCAAGGUGGUUCAAUCUGGUUGUGGAAAAUUAUAGUAAAAUCCACAUCCAACUCAAAUUAGGUACGGAACAGCUAUCAAAAACAGGAGUAAAUGUCCUCAUAUUGCUAUUACUGUUCCAUAUUCUAUUUAACUUCAGAUUCAAAAAUGACAUUUUGACCACUUACAUCAGGCAAAAAAAUACAGACAAAAAAAGCUUUAUACACUGCCUUUCAUGAAUAGUACUCUUUUUUUUACCAGUCAGACUUUAGCCAUUUUUGUCAUUUAAACAGCCAUAUACCGUACCAUAAGAGGACCUAGAAGAGACACCUAAAAGCUAAAGAGAUCCACUCUAGAACUAUGCAUUUGGACGCUGAACUGUGAAUUAUCCACUGUGUCUGGAGUUGGAGAUCAGAUUAGUUAUUUUGCCAUAUUUAAUGUAGAAAGCCUAGCUGCUUAUAUACCUUUAUCAAAUAUUUUGAAGAAAAUAUUAAAUUUAUUUAAAAAAUAUGUACAUAUAUACUGUACAGUUUAACUAUUUUGAAUAGUCUUCACUAAACACCUCCCUUCACUUUUCUGCACGUGGAAGGUUGGUGACUGCAUUUGUACUUUGAAUCUUUUAACAUAAUGCCUUUUUUUAAAUGUUUCAUGGGAGCUGAAAUUUAAAUGUGCAUAUUUAAAUGUUUACCGUCCUGUUCACUGAGAGCAAUGUUAUCUCAAAAAAUGCUUCUUAUAUUAAUGGAUCAAUGACAAUAAUAGGAUGGCCAAAGUAGUAAAAAUGCAGAACAUUGUGCAAUUUUUCCCCCAGGUUUGGGUUUUUAGUUUUACAGAGCAAACAAAUGAAAGGAAGCUUUUAAGAGUCCAUUUAAAGUGUGUCUGUGGUGUGUGUGUGUGUGUGUGUGUGUGUGUGUGUGUGUGUGUGUGUGUGUGUGUGUGUGUGUGUGAGAGAGAGAGAGCUAGUAUGAGAAAUAACUGUGACAAAGCAGCAGUUCCUCUAAAAGCCAUUCAAUCAGUGUUUCUCCAUUUAAAGGUGAUUUGAGUAAUUGUUCAAUGUUAAAAUGUUUUAAAAUCCCAUAUUUAAAUGAGCCAUCAAUAGAUUGAUUUUUGCUCAUAAUGUUUAAAGCGUGUGAACCUGUUUGGAAACUUAAAAGCAAGCAUUAUUAUUUUGCAUUACACACAUCACCUUUAGGUUCAGAGUGAGUGAAUUCAUUUUUUCUUUGCAAUAUUAUCAGUCACAUUAUGCUUUUAUAUUCUGUUUGUUUAAUUUGAAUAAUGGAUUUUAUAAAGC